AUGGAUUCCGGCAAGAGUAGGAAUGUGGAGACUACGGUAAGGAGGAUCUACCGUGACCUCCUUACUCCAAAGAUGAAUGCAAGCAAGAAAAUGUCCACCUUAACAAACUCACCCACCAGCCUGGAAGUGUCACCCGAAAUCAAGAAGAGCUGUGGAGAAAAGCAAACAGAAAUCACAGCUGAGAGAGUAAAACUCACAAAAGCCAUCAAAGAGAAACAAAGCAAUGAGUCGGAGAAAGUGACCCUUAAACGGAAGGCUGAAGGGGAAGAAAAGCUAGCUGGAAAGAAAGAGGCGAAGAUAAUGGAACUUGACAAUCAGCUAGUCACCAGCAUUCCUCUGCCUCACAUCCCUUUAAAGAACAUAAUGGAUGUCGAAAUGAAGCUUGUCUAUGUUGACGAAGAGGAUGUGAGCUAUGAAUUUGCCCAGCCCUACAUGUGUGCUGCGCUUCAGACAACAGGCCAGAGUGCCACCACGAUGCCGCCAGAAAGUGCACAGAAUCUCACCACCGUGCCACAGAUUGACAAAUGGCUCCAGGUAGCAUUAAAAGAUGCCAGCUCUUGCUAUAGACAGAAGAAAUACGCCGUGGCAGCCGGGCAGUUCAGAACGGCCCUUGAGCUCUGCAGCAAAGGGGCAGCUCUGGGGAAGCCGUUUGACGCACAUGCCGAAGACAUAGCAAGCGUGGCCAGUUUCAUCGAGACCAAGCUUGUCACUUGCUACCUGCGGAUGAGGAAACCCGACCUGGCCCUGAACCACGCACACAGGAGUAUUGUUUUAAACCCAGCCUAUUUCCGAAACCAUCUUCGUCAGGCAGCCGUGUUUAGAUGUCUGGAGAGAUACUCAGAAGCCGCCCGGAGUGCCAUGAUUGCUGACUACAUGUUCUGGCUCUGCGGAGGAAGCGAGCACAGUGUAAGCAAGCUCAUCAAGCUGUACUGGCAGGCCAUGAUUGAAGAAGCCAUCACCAGAGCCGAGGCCUUCUCAGUCAUGUACACACCCUUUGCGACAAAAAUAAGGGCUGAUAAAAUAGAGAAGGUAAAGGAGGUGUUCGUCAAGACUCACCCUGCCUAUGUGGACUGUAUCUACACAGACACCCAAGGACUCCACGUACUGCCCCAGACAGCUGACUGGUCGUCUUUUCCUCCUCAGCAGUAUCUCUUGACACUUGGGUUCAAGAACAAAGAAGAUGGGAAGUUUUUGGAAAAGGUGUCAAGCAGGAAGCUGCCCACUUUCACAGAACAUAAAACGCCUUUCUCUCUGCUGACCAGAGAAGAUACAGUGAGACUCAUGGAGACGGUGGGGAAGCGAAUCCUGCCAGUCCUGGACUUUAUCCGCAGCACACAACUGAAUGGAAAUUUCCACGCCUGCUCAGGUGUAAUGGAGAAGUUGCACUACGCCAGCCUCCUCAGCCGGCUGCAGAGAGUGAAGGAGCAGGCCCAGGUGAUCAAUCAAGCAAUGGCAGAGCUGGCAACCGUCCCUUAUCUCCAGGACAUCAGUCAACAGGAGGCAGAAUUGCUGCAGUCGCUAAUGGCAGACGCCAUGGACACCCUUGAAGGAAGGAAGAGUGACAAAGAGCGUGUGUGGAAUAGAAUCCAAAAGGUCGGACGAAUUGAAGACUUUCUGUACCAACUAGAAGACAACUUCUUAAAAACAAAGAAACUGAGAAUUGCUCGGAGGCAGAAGACAAAACUGAAGAGGCUUCAAACUGCACAGCAAAACUAA